AAUGAGUUUUGGAGAUCUGUAAAUUGAGCUUCUCUUGUGCUUUCAAUCUUCAUGCUGAUGGUAUGAAAAGGUAGAUAAAAAUUGGUAUCUCCUUCAAAGUUCAAUGCUCUGGAAUGGAACUUUAUGAGUCUGAUCCUGAAAUCCUUUGAAAUGCCAAGUAUCAUCUGCUUGCAUAUGGCUUGGUGUGUAAUAAGUUGUAGUAUGGGCUAUUACUUAGCAGCAUACUAUUAGACAUGCUGCUUGCUUGCCUUUUUUUGGUAUUAACCUCCCGCUAUUUAGUAACCACAUUGGGUCCCGACUAAUCCAGAAUUGAGCCACGUCGGACCCCAUUAGGGUGAAGCUCUCCUAGCGCCUGUUUCUCCAUUUACAAGACUCGAACUCGAGACUUUGCUUAAGGGGAACCGAGCUCCUUUCACUUGGACCAACAGGUCAUUGGUUGCUUGCUUUGAACUUCCGUUUCUUUGGCAUAUUCUGGUAGACAACUUGACUUAAAUUUUUGGUUGAGAGUGUUUCCUGUAUUUGUCUGACUUUGUAUAGUACUUUUUCUGCAGCCUGGUAAUUCACUUCAGACCCUUACGGGGCAUUCUGCUGUUGUUAUGUCACUUGACUUUCACCCAACUAAGGAUGAUCUCAUCUGUUCUUGUGAUAAAGAUGGUGAAAUAAGAUACUGGAGUAUUAACAAUGGGAGCUGUGCAAGAGUUUUCAAGGGUGGUACGGCUCAGUUGAGAUUUCAACCUCGCCUUGGAAAGUACCUGGCUGCUGCUGCAGAGAAUGUUGUAUCUAUCUUGGAUGUGGAGACACAAAUCUUGCGGCAUUCAUUACAGGGCCAUACUAAACCAAUCCAGUCGGUAUGCUGGAACCCUUCAGGCGAGUUUCUAGCCUCUGUCAGUGAGGACUCUGUUAGGGUGUGGACAUUUGGAUCUGGAUCUGAAGGAGAAUGUAUUCAUGACCUGAGGUGUAACGGCAACAAGUUCUACUCUUGUGUUUUUCAUCCUACUUUUUCAUCAUCAUUGCUGGUCAUUGGCUGUUACCAGUCUUUGGAGCUCUGGAAUAUGGUUGAGAACAAAGCCAUGGCUUUGGCAGCACAUGAGGGAUUAAUUGCUGCACUGGAUGUAUCAACUGCAACAGGGCUGAUUGCUUCUGCUAGUCACGACAAGUUUGUCAAAUUGUGGAAAUAAAUUGUGGAAAUGAUGGUUGUUUUCAGAAUCCCCUAGUAACAACAGAUGCAACACAAGAUUAGAGUUUUUAAUUAGCAUUGAUUGUAGUUUGUUGCUUCCAUUUGGUGUUCUGUUCCUCAUGACCCCAAUUCCCCAACAUCUAAACUGUCUUAUUGUAUUAUAUAGAUUAUAUUGUCUACUCUUAACUUUGAUAUUCUGGGUUAUUUGUGGACCCUAAUGUUUUGUUCAUAUGAAGAACAUAAGUAUGUUUCUCAGUUUCCCUUAAAAAGGAAGCACUUCCUUUUUUUCGUUGA